AUGCACGAUGCACAAUCCACAAUCCACGAGCACCGCACUGCACUGCACACCGACCGACCGACCCCGACCGACCCCGACCGAACACGCACGCACAGCUUGCGCCGCUCUCGUCGCAACUGCGUGCGCGCGACCGACUUUUGCAUCUCCGCGCAUCCCUGGCGCUCAGCCCGCCCUGCUCAGCUCGUCGCAGCUCAACCCGCCACAGCCUGCCCAGCGCAGCCCAGCCCAGCGCUCCGUCGUAUCGCGUUCAAAGCAAGCGACGCCGCGCGCUCGUCUGAGCAUGCCCAUGCCAAAAUUGCUCUGGCAGUCCCUCCCCCAGACCUUCCUGCUCCUCAACCGGUACGCCCGACCCCCCUUUCAACACGCCGUCUCCUCCAGCGGCGCCGCACGGCAAUGCGGGGCUCUUUGGACGUGCGGGCUCGUGUGAAGCUCGUUCGUGCUGGACGACAUGGGAGGGUCGUGCCGCAGGACUGCGUUCGACAUUCGACGUUCGGGGUCGUGGUGCUGUUAUUGCAUGACCCCGCGUAUCAUUGGACGCGGCUGUGCGGUGGCCUCGCUAGACGUGGUCGUGUCCUCCAGGACGCGGCGCUGCCCGAUUUCUUUCGGGUAUACAAGGCGUUAGCAUCCAGGGAUUGGCACGCACGGAACACCUUACGCCGCACGCCUUGCAUCCCUUUUCUGAGCACCGCCACCGUCCACCUUGCCACGAGGACGGUAGCUGAGUCGGGCACCGAACUGUACCCGUCGGCGAGACGCAAGGGUCGGGUCGGGUCGAUUCAGCUUCGAUGA